AUGGCCGAACAUCUAAAGCGCACUCCAUACAUCCAUCCUAAUUUUCAUGGAUUUAUUGAUGGUGUAAUUCAUUUACCAGGGGUCACUAAAGAGUUUCUGAGUCAAAUCAAAGAUCUUCCAGUCAAUGCUGAGGAUUUGUUUGUCGCCACGUACCCCAAAUCAGGUACAACAUGGGUUUCUGAAAUCGCUUACCAGAUUUACUUCGACGCAAAGGUUGAUGCCAGGUCGAUCCAUAAACGAGUGAUGUUUGUCGAAAGUUUGAAAUAUGGCGACGUUAUCGUCGAGACAAAGGAAGAACUCAAUGACUUGUAUUUGAAUCAUCCUUCACCGCGUAUCUUCAAGACYCAUYURCGAUACCAUGAAGUACCCAUGGGAGAUGGUAAAACCAACAAACCAAAGUACAUCUACUUGGCGCGGAAUCCAAAAGACACUGCUGUAUCGUUCUAUCAUUAUUACAGGAGUUUAAAACCUUUCGAAUUUGAUCGAACAUGGGAUGAGUUCUUUGAAAUGUUCAUUGAUGGUCGAGUCGUAAGACGGAAAUCCACUAUAUUGAAAGAGGAGGAGGUUGACUUUAGAAAAACGGCAAAGUCUGAAGUCAAACUGAUUCUGCUUUAA